AUGGCUGCUUCGUUAAGUGAAACCGAUUUACACGGAGAUGCGGACUUGAAGUCACCCUCCGUGCCUGAAGACGAUACCCCUGAUCAGAUUGGGUCCAACGGGUCCACUCCAACUGGAAUCGCAACCCCUCAACCUGAUCCCGCCGACAAGCGUUUACCUUCAAUCAUGCACAACUACUUCCAGGUUGGUCCUCUUUCUGGUGAUAAACUCCCUCGGUUAUGGGCAUGCCUCUCGAAAUCUUCGGAACCCAACUCCUCCUCCGAGUCCUUCGUCGUGUUGGAUAAAGAGGAUGGAGAAGAGUCUGAUAAGAGCGAAGCAAGCCCACCCACGCCUCCCCACUCUUUGCUUCGGUUGGAUGAGGUGGAAUUCGCCUCAUGUCCUGAGAUGGGCAUCUUCCAAACCCUUAAAAAUUACCUUUCUCCGCCACCCCCUUCUUCACGCCGUCAAACUUCAUUACCAGUUUCUGGUGUCUCUGAAGUCCCUGUUCUGGCUACCCAUUUCUCCAACCCAUCUUCCCCCGCCUAUUCCAUUGAUAAUUCCCUACUCGACCACGAAAAGCAACCCACUUCAAUCUCAUCCGAGAACUUGGCCAAGCUGACUGGAAACGAGGCGGAUAAGAAUACCCCACCCUUGACCCCCCGCGCCAUGUCCAACGAAGAGGAUAAGCAGUCUACCCCUGUUCCGGCCCCGACAGAGGAAACUCACGAUAGCCCUACCGAAGAAAUUACCAUGAAGCUCGACGAGGCAUUCCCUCCACGCCAACCCUCCCCCCAGGGCGGUGCCCCCGUCGGCCGUAUCAAGGGCAAGUUGUUCGUCAAAAUAUCCGAAGCCCGAGGUUUGCGUCCCAGUAUUGAUCCAUACGUUGUAUGUGUUUUUGAAUGGAAUGAGUAUAUUUCAAAGGGUACUCGUGAUGAAGAAGAAACCAAAAAGAAGCGCCAGAUCGAAGCCGACGAAGAAGCCGGACGACCAAUGGCCAUUCCGAUGCGAAGUCGUCAAAGCAGUAACAACAGUUCCCAGGAAGGACAUGAAAACAAGGCAGGAAAGAUGCCCGUCACAGAUCCUCAUUGGGACCACGAAGCCGUCUUUGAUGUUCUCGGUGACCAAUCCCAAGUCGAUGUCACUGUUUAUGAUGGCCGCAACCAAGAGGCUUUCAUCGGUCACGUAAGAUUAGGAAUUAAUCUGAAGGAAGAUCACAGCCGACUUGAGGGGUGGUUCCCUCUGGCCGCACGGGGAGCUGGAGAUAGCCUGGUUUCUGGUGAAAUUCAUCUUAUAAUGAGAUUUGAAAUGACCGACAAAAUGACGGUCGGACCCAGUGACUUCCAGAUCUUGAAGCUGAUCGGAAAGGGAACUUUUGGUCAGGUCUACCAGGUCAUGAAGAAGGAUACUCAACGCAUUUACGCCAUGAAGGUCCUUUCGAAAAAGGUGAUCAUCCAGAAGAAGGAAGUGGCACAUACCCUAGGCGAACGCAACAUUCUGGUUCGAACUGCGAUGACAGCCUCGCCCUUCAUCGUGGGCCUGAAAUUUUCCUUCCAGACACCGACUGACCUUUACCUGGUGACGGACUACAUGUCCGGUGGUGAACUGUUCUGGCACUUGCAGCGGGAAGGUCGGUUCCAAGAAGCUCGGGCCAAGUUCUACAUUGCCGAGUUGAUCUUGGCGCUCCAGCAUCUUCACGACCACGACAUUGUGUACCGCGAUUUGAAGCCGGAGAAUAUUCUAUUGGAUGCCAAUGGUCACAUCGCCCUCUGUGAUUUCGGUCUGUCCAAGGCCAAUCUGACUCAGAAUGACACCACCAACACGUUCUGCGGAACCACCGAGUAUCUUGCUCCUGAGGUUCUGCUCGACGAGCAAGGAUAUACCAAGAUGGUUGACUUUUGGUCUCUGGGUGUUUUGGUCUUUGAAAUGUGCUGUGGGUGGAGUCCUUUCUACGCCGAAGAUACCCAACAGAUGUACAAGAACAUCGCCUUUGGCAAAGUUAGAUUCCCCCGCGACGCUCUCAGCACCGAAGGACGCAAUUUUGUCAAGGGUCUUCUUAACCGGAAUCCAAAGCACCGGUUGGGAGCCAACGGUGAUGCAAAGGAGCUGAUGGCACAUCCAUUCUUUAACGACAUCGACUGGAAUGCACUCAGCCACAAGCAGGUCAUUCCUCCUUUCAAGCCGAAGCUCGCGUCCGAAAUGGACACUUCAAACUUCGAUCCGGAGUUCACCAACGCCCUCGAGAACAACAACUCUCUGAACCUGCGCGCCGCAGCAUUGGCUAAUGGACUCAUGCCCGGAACUACACCGCUGUCUCCUGGCAUGCAGGCCAACUUCAAGGGAUUCACCUUUGUGAACGAAAGCUCCAUCGACCACCACCUGCAGCAUGCACCGGUGGAGCACAUGGAGGAGGAACUCUUGCACGACGAGGUGUCGUGGCACCACCACCGACCCACCAACUCGAGUGACUUGCACUUGCCAGCUCCAAAGACCAAAGGUGACGAACCCGGCAUUUUUAACGUUGAUGACAACUUUGACAUGUGA